UCCUUGCUUGUCACUCAAUUGAUAUUUCACUAUUCACAAAAAAGAAAAAGAAAAAGAAAACGAAAAAGGAACUUUCUAUAUAUAAUUAAAACAUACGAAGUAUUCUGAUAUUGAGUUCACAUGAAUUAAUCUCUUUCAUCUCUCAGACAAAACCAGAGAAGUGAAGAAUUGAAGUUAGGGCUAUGGCCGACAACAACGGAGUUAUGAUGAUGAGCAACAACAAUACACCCAGAAAGAAAACGAAGGGAAAAUCCAAAAUUCCAAUGGAGUUAAUCCGCGAUCGAAAAUCCCGUUUUGUGUCAUUCUCGAAGAGAAAAAAGGGUUUGUUCAAGAAAAUGGAUAUGCUAUCGUCUUCUUUUUCUUCCUACAUCGAGAUGGCAGGUAUUGUGUUCUCUCCUACGGGAAAACCCUAUUCAUUCGGCUACCCAAGCACAGAUGCAGUAGUCGGGCGGUUUCUUGGUCGUGACGGCGGUGUUAAUGGAGGCGGUGGUGGUGAUCUUAAAAACAGAGAGGGUGGUUUUUGGUGGGAUGAUGUGAAUGUUGAUAGUUUGAAUUUGGAACAACUCGAGGCACUUAAGUGUUCGCUUGAGGAAGUAAAAAACAUUGCUUUUCAGAAAGCAGUUGAUAUUUUAAGUGAUGGGAGUUAAUUAAAUUAGGUAUGUGGAUGUUAAUUAGUUGAUUAAGAAGUAAUUAGCGCGAAUGAUUAGAUUGAUGAGAAUGCUUAAUUUUAAUUUCGGCCUAUUAUUGUUAAAUUAGGGUUUUGAUUCUUAUUCAGACAUGUUUAAUUUUAGAAGUGUUAUGUUGUUUGGUUAGUACUAUUAGAAUUGGUAAAAUGUUUAA